UUUGCAAGUUAAACUGGAUGUAAACAAAGAAUAUUUAAAUAGACUACCAAAGCGUGUAGCUAGUUUGAGAAGCAAUGGCGGCUGUGCUUGACUUUAUAUUUUUAUGUUAUUUUAUCACCCACAUACCGAUUUCCAUAUUUGUAGAUGCUCAGGUGCUUUUACCAAAAUGGAUUUUUCCAACGAAGGUUGUGGAACUGAAAGCAUGGUACUGUGCAGAGUUCAAGGACACCAUGAUGAUUGACCCUCCAGCCUGGUUUAGAACCUUUGUCUACUGUGAAUUUAUCUUCCAGUUUCCUUUUUUCUUUGUAGCGGUGUAUGCAUUCAUCAAAGGAAUCAAGAACUGUUCCUGGAUAAGAACCCCAAUGAUCGUAUAUUCUACACACGUGGCAACAACUACAGCCGCCAUUUGUUUCCAUAUUAUGUACAACGAUUUCAGCAAAUCAAAACCUAAAGGACCAAAAACGCAAAUAGAAAGACAGGCAUUGUUGAUGUUCUAUUUCCCUUACUUGCUAAUACCAUUGCUGAUGUUAACUAAUUUUAUAUUUAGAGCAGACAUUAAGACGAAACAGAAAAUUCAAUAGAGAUGCCAGAUUUUCCUCAUUUGAAAAUCAUUUUGUUAAUAGAACCAAAGGCGACCGAACCUGACGGAACAAUGUGACAUUCAUGAAACUGACACAUACUGGGAAAAAAAAAAACAAUUUUUAUGAGUGUUCAAUGUGUGGAGUUUAUAUUAUGGAUUUAGUUGGACUAGAUGUAUGACGAUGCUUUGCAAUAUUUUGCUCGAAAUUAUGAUAGCAAUAAAAUUUUAUAUCAAGUUGU